CAUAGUUUUUUGAGAAUAUCUUAAUGGUUUAACUUAUAGAAACUCUAACUACUCCUUUUAGAAAUAAUCAUUGUAAAUCUUGUCAACACGGUAUUACGAGACUACCUCGACAUUCUUUAUUUCACCUUAAGAUUAUUUGUCAUUUAUUUUCUCAUAUAUCGUGAAUAACGGCGUGUUUUAGUAGAACAGCAAAGUGUUUUCGUGUUCAUUAGCGGUUGAUUAUGUCGCUUGAGGGUGUAGAGUGUGUGCGGGUGAAAACGGAGCCUGCUUACGAGUACACAGAGCCUGAGGCUCAGGCCCUGAGCCCUGAGCUGCCCGAGGUACAACCACAAACAUGUACGGUAAAGGCAGAGCCCCAAUGCCCACAAUCGGAGAGCGAGGUCGCUUGUAGCGUGGGGGAUGCCAGCCUGCAUCUCAAACAUGAGGUGAAAGAGGAAUGUGAAAUUGAGGUUGGCCCUGAGGAAUUCCAUCAAUUCAAAGUCUGUUGUUUGCCUCCGUGGGAGUCAGCUGGUCUCUAUACAGAGCAUGAGCAGACCGGUACGGUUAAAACAGAACCUGAAGAUGAUAUUUGUGAGAGCAAAGAGACGCAUGCCAGCUUGUACAAGGUUCAUGAGAGCGCACAGACCGGGCUUGUAGACUAUAUGGUGAAGGUUGAGGACGCGUGUGGCGUGAGCGCGGCCGCGCGGGUAGGCGAAGACGAACUUGUUUGCCUGGAGGAGUGCCAGAAACCCAAAGAGCUUUUAGUGUCUCCAGGGCGAAUUCAACAUGAAGACCGAAGGACGAAACCAGACUCGAAAUCUUUAAAGAUUACCAAGAAACGUACUAACGGCAAAAUGUGUAAAGAAAAGAAAACAUACCAAUGUGGACAAUGUAGUUACGCUACUCCCAAUAAGAACCAUAUGGAAACUCAUCAUAUUGUGGUACAUACUAGAGAGAAGCCGUUUAAAUGUGAACACUGUAGUUACACUUGUGCCCGAAAGGCUAGUUUAAAAUGUCAUAUGAUGACACAUACCGGUGAAAAACCAUAUAAAUGUGAACACUGUGAUUACGCUAGUGCCAAAAAAUUUCAAGUACAACGUCAUGUUACGAUACAUACUGGUGAAAAACCUUUCAAGUGUGAGCACUGUAGUUUCGCUACUACCAGUAAGAGUAAUUUGAACCGUCAUAAUAUAGCGAUACAUACUGAUGAAAAACCUUACAAAUGUGAUUACUGUGGUUACGCUUUUGCAAAUAAGAUUUAUUUAAAAGAUCAUAUAAUUACACAUGGGGACAAACUUUACAACUGUGAGCUGUGUAGUUUCGCUGCUACCAGUCAGCGUUAUUUGACCCGUCAUAGAAUAAUACAUACUGGUGAAAAACCGUACAAAUGUGAGCAAUGUAGUUUCACUACUACCAGUAGGAGUAGUUUGAACCGCCAUAAAAAGAUACACACUGGUGACGUACUUUAUAAAUGUGACUACUGUAGUUACACUUGUGCACAUAAAGGUAAUUUAACAAGACAUUUGAUUGUACAUUCUGCUGAAAAACCUUACAAGUGUGAGCACUGUAGUUUUGCUACUACCAAUAACAGUGCUUUGAAACGUCAUUUAUUAAUACAUUCUCGUGACAAACCGUACAAAUGUCACUUAUGUAGUUACGGUUGUGCAAGUAAGCGUUGUUUAAAACGACACAUAAUUAAACAUGUCGAAAAACCUUACAAGUGUGAGCACUGUAGUUUUCUUAGUACCGAUAAGAGUUGUUUGGACGAUCAUAUAAUGAUACAUACUGGUGACAAACCAUACAAAUGUGACCGCUGUAGCUACGCUUGUGCACUGAAAAAUAAUUUAAAUAAACAUAUGGUUGUACAUUCUGGUGAGAAACCUUACAAGUGUGAGCACUGUAGUUUUGCUAGUAGCAGAAAGAGUAAUUUGACCCGUCAUGUAACUAGACAUACUAGUGACAAACCGUAAUAAUAUGAACAAAGUGAGUGAAACUAUUGUUACUACCUAUAUCCCUAAAGAUCUGAAGGAAUUACA